GGAUGGAGGGACGUGCCCGUCGAGGUGCGGUGAAGCACAGCGUAACUGUCGGAAAAAGGAUCCCCAAGUGCACGACGCUGGGAGACGGGGGCAAAACCGGGCUCUGAAUUAAUCGGCGGCUUUAUUAUUUUGGCGUGUGGCUCCCGUGGUGAUGCUCCUGCUGUGCAUGGCUGAGGUUGGGGUGGCUCCGGGAGGGUGCUGGGGUGCGUGGUGAGCCCCAGAGAGCCAUCGUGGGGGGGUGUCCCCAGGGCACCCACCUUUCUGGACCCCCCCAGGACCAAGGGCACCCGUGGCUCCUGUCACCAGCCACUAGCAUCCCCCCGGAGCCCCGCACCGGGGCUGCACCCCUCACCCUCCUGCUUAUGGGCACCGGGAUUUGGUGCCCGGCCAGUGGCCAUAUCCUGCCCCGUGGGGGUGGGUUGGCCCCAUGUCACCCCCCCACAACCCUUUUUCCUGACAUGCAGCGUCCUGAGCCGCAGAGACAGGGACACAGGGCAGCAGCGGGGGACGGGGUGAUGUCCGCCCGCUAAUCGGCCAGAUGGUGACAGCCGGUGGGACGCCGGCCCCGAGGUCACCGCGUAGGUGAGGCUCUGGUGCAGCCAUCCCCCACACCUGGCCUGGGGUACCCCGACCCAGGUCCCCCCCAUCUCAGCCACCGCCGCAGCCGGCCGGUGGGCACGUGCCGGGGGGAGCCACGGGGGAGUGGGGCUGCGUCCCGAACCCCGAGUCCCGGCGGGGAGAAGCGAGCUCCCUGGCAGUCAAGUGCGCUCAGCUUCUGAAUAAGAAGCACUUCAUUCUCUUUUCAAACUGUAUAAUUUCUGCCUGAUUGUAAUGGCAUAUUUUAAAAUUACCAGAAAUCGAAGCCAGAAAAUGGAUACGGCUGCUUUUACUGCGAGCUGCGUUAACAAAGGAUAUGUAAUGCAUGAAAUAAAAACACCUCCCUGCCCCCCUCCUUUUUUUUUUUUAAGACAGUAAUAGGAGAAAAUUGGUUUUGAAACUGAAUAAAAGUCCCUUUCAGAGGAAAUCAUUUCUUUCAGGGUACCUUUGCUGAAAGUAAAAUAGUGAAUAAUGAAAGGUGGUUACAUGAUUGUCUUUCAUUUAGAGAGCGCGAGGACAGAUGGAAUCUGGGAGAAAUGCACGAUUGGAAUAAUUGCAUGGACGCGGGCCGGCGGCGGGGCUGCCCGCCGGGACACCCGGACCAUGCUGGCCUGCCUGCAGCGCACCCAGAACCCCCCAGCCCAGCACCUCGCCUGCCCCAACAAGGCGCUGGAGCCGCGCAAGUGCUCGGGGAGGCAGAGCAGGAGGGAAACACGAGCUCAGCGCUGGAAACACCAGCGCUUUCCUGCGAGACGGCGGCACCCAUGCAUUCCCCACGCUACCCCAGCCCCGCCGAGCUGGACGCCUACGCACAGAAGGUGGCCAACAGCCCGCUGACCAUCAAGAUCUUCCCCACCAACAUCAGGGUCCCCCAGCACAAGCACCUUAACCGGACGGUCAAUGGCUACGACACCACGGGGCAGCGCUACAGCCCCUACCCCCUGCACGCCGGCGGCUACCAGGGUCUCCUGGCCAUCGUCAAAGCCUCCGGCAAAAGCGUGGUGAAGAAUUCGGAGGGAAAGCGGACUAAGCUCUCGCCCGCCCAAGUCGGAGUCGCUCCCUACCCCGCGUCAAGCACUUUAGCUCAAGGUCCCUCCUGCGCCGGGCAGCUGAGCUACCACGGUGGCCCGAAGCAACUGGAGGGUCCCGUGCCCCCCAACGUGACGGUGGCGGCCUCCGUGCUGCCGCUGGCGGGCAGGAGCCUGGCCCUGCCGCCGUCCAACCUGCCCUCCAUCCAGAGCAUCAUCUACCAGAUCAAUCAGCAGUGCCAGGCGCAGGGCGCGCAGCCGGGCUGCCCGGCCGUCGUGGCCGCCAACCCCAGCCCGGCCAAGCACGGCGCUUUCCCCGCCGCGUACGCCGGCGCCGUCCUGCCGGAAUGCCGCAAGGAGCUGGCGCUGGGCUCCAACCCGGCCGCGGCGCUGGGCCCCAAAGCGGGCGUCUACCCCGAGGGGAUGGACUACCUGGUCUGGCAGCAGAAGCAGCAGCAGCAGCAGCAGCAGCACCAGCACCUGCGAAUGUACAGCGGGGGCAGCAGCGGCGGGGGGGCCCUCAGCAAAUCCCCCGAGACGUGCGCGGGCGCCUCGCGUCCCUACGGCCUGGGCGGCGCAGCCGAGAAGGUGAGCUCGUCCCCGUUGAACUGCAUGCACGGCAACUUCUCGGUGGGGCAAUACUUCGCCCCGCCCUGGAACAGCAUCUUGGUGACCCCCAACAGCGACUGUUACAACCCGCCGGAGCUGGGGGCCGGGCCCCGCGAGCUGGGGGUGCCCCCCGCCGAGGGGCUGCCCAGCAAGACGCUCUGCAAUACCUCCAUCCUCAGCAGCAGCCUCCAGUCCCUGGAGUAUCUCAUCAACGACAUCCACCCACCCUGCAUCAAGGAGCAGAUGCUGGGCAAGGGCUACGAGACCGUGUCUGUGCCAAGGCUCUUGGACCACCAGCACGCCCACAUCCGUUUGCCCGUCUACAGAUAAGGAACCGAUGCUGCUUUUCCCAAACCCAGGGCGAGGACUUUGGCACGAGCCGUGCUCCCCUCCGGCACCGCGCGGGUACCGGACUGUGGCAGCGAGGGCAGGGGGGACGGGGAGGGGGACACGGGGUCGGCUGCCAAAAGGGCUCCCGGGACACUGGCAUUUCACCGGGGUCCCCAGACUGGAUACACCCGCAACCCGCUGGAAGCCGAGGACGAAGGACCGCUUGUCUAUAUAACUCAGAAAUCAUUUUAUCUCCACGAAUGUGAACAGGGAAUCGCUACGAGUU